UAUCGUUAAUUCUUUAAAAAAGGUGUAAACAUGACUUGGCUAAUUGCAUUCAAAGGAAAAUCUGGGUUCUCUGCAAGAAACACAGCUGAAGAUGUUACAAAAGGAAUUGAUGGUCAUGGCUUAACUUCCAUCAUUACAGGACCCACAAGUGGGAUUGGACUGGAAACCGCGCGUGUGCUUGCUUUACGCGGUGUACAUGUAAUUAUGGCAGCCAGAAAUGUGGAAGCCGCUGCAAAAUGCAAGGAAACCAUAAUAAAGGACUGUCCUAAUGCUACCGUUGAUGUUAUGGAGCUUGAUGUAAGCUCACUGGAAUCCGUCAAAAACUUUGCAAAUGAGUAUAUUUCCAUAGGUCUACCCCUCAACAUCCUCAUUGCUAAUGCAGGGAUAAUGGCUCCUCCAUUUUCCCUAUCUAAAGAUGGAAUUGAGAGUCAGUUUGCAACUAACUAUCUUGGACACUUCCAUUUGACGAAUCUAUUGUUGGAUACGAUGAAAAAUACCGCCAAAAAAUGUGGACAAGAAGGGAGGAUUGUUUUAGUUUCAUCAGAAGUUCAUAGGCUUACUUACAAAGGAGGAAUCAUGUUUGACAAGCUAAAUGAUGAAAAAUGCUACAAUAGUUUCUAUGCUUAUGGGCAAUCAAAGCUUGCUAAUAUUCUACAUGCUAAGGAGUUAACAAGGCGCCUCAAGGAAGAAGGGGCCGACAUAACUGUCAAUGCAUUGCAUCCUGGAGUCAUUGCAACCAAUCUUUCACGUCACUCGAGCUGUAUGUCAGUUUGCUUAUAUGGACUCUUCAAACAUCUUCAAAAGAAUAUUCCACAGGGAGCUUCAACCACAUGCUAUUUGGCAUUAAACCCAAAGGUGAAAGGAGUUAGCGGCGAGUAUUUUGCUGACAAUAAUGUGGCUAAACCGAGUGGUCAUGCCAAAGAUGCUGAGUUGGCAAAGAAACUAUGGGAAUGCGGUAUGGAGUUGACCAAGUCAAAGUGAACCAGACAAGCCUAGUUUGGUGUUUUCUUUGUAAUAUAGUCCAUGUUUUCUAUUCUUUUGUCAUUUUAUUUUCUGUGAAUAUUGUGAAUGAUUGCUUGAGUGUUGUUUUGUAUGAAUUUUUUUAUAGAACCUGGGCAGUGUAUUGUAAUGUGCAUGUAUCCAGCUACAUGUAAUGUUGUAUUUUAAAUAUAAGGCUUUCUAUUUAGUUUGCUUAAAAA